AUUUAUUCUGCAUAUAAUAAAAUGGGCACUUGGAGUAUUCCUAAGGGUAAAAGAGGCAAUCUGGCUAAUAUGAAUAAAGUUCCUGGACCUGGGAAUUAUAGCCCCAACAAGGAUUAUAGUAAGAAAGGUCCAAUUUGGAAAAUGAAACUGGAUAAAAAUGAAACUCUUAGAGAGAGACAGAUCUCACCAGGCCCAGGACAAUACAAUUGUGCUGUUUCCCAGACGAGAAAAUAAUGUCCCCAGGUAUGGUUUUGGAAAGGAAGUCAAAGGAGCACUAAAGAAAUUGGUUGAAUCUCCAGGCCCAGGAAAGUAUGAAUCGUCCAUUUAUAAGGCCAAAAUAGCUUAUACAAUGGGAAUAAAGAGUAAUUCCAGAGAAAGAGUUGUUACUUCAAAUAAUUUUACAACAGUUGAGCCUCUUCUUCCUAAGAAAAAUAUUGGAGGCAAGUUUUCAAAGGCUAAAAGAAACGAUACUAGUAGGAAAGACGGGGAAAGUCCUGGACCAGGAGCAUACUCAACUGAUUUAACAAUUUCUGAGAACAGGAAAGGUAAGAAUAGAGGGUUUGGAAUGGCUAAAAGGGGUGAAAAAGCUCUAAAGAGAGAAGGUAGCCCUGGUCCAGGCAACUACAAUAUUCCUUCUUUUGUUGACAAAUCCAAAUAUGGUGUCACUUUGAAAGCAAAAUUGAUAGAUAACGAGUCGAAAAAGAAAGCACUUUUGCCAGGUCCUGGCUCUUAUCAAACUGAAAAUUUGAGGUAUACUCAUAAGAAGAACCCUUCAUAUAUCAUCGGGUCAAGUAAGCUAAACAAGAACCACUCAAAAUCAAGUUUGUGUAUCAGUGCUACUCUUCCAGGCCCUGGUACAUAUAAGCCGCAAGAUCAGAUUAUUAAAAAGUCAGCUUCAAAAUGGAAAAUAAGUAAUGCUGGCAGAAAUGUGAUGGAUCUGGUUAAAUACAAUAGUCCUGGGCCAGGCUCUUAUAACAUCGAAGAGAAGAGCAACAAAAAUGGCAUUAAGUUUCCAAAAUCUCGUAGAAAAGAUGGUCUGAAAGCUUUUGAGCCUGGGCCAGGUUCAUAUUGUCCUACUGGAGCCUUUUUGAAGUCAAAUCCUUCUUUCACAAUGCAGAGUCGGGAUCAGAACCUUCAAAGGAGUAUUGAGAAGUAUCAAGAGCUUGUGCCUGGACCUGGUGCUUACUCAACUUUCAUAGGAAGUGGGAAGAAGAAUCAAAAUUCGAUCAGUUUUUCUAAAUCUUCCAGGAAUUCAAUAAAUUCUAGUAAAAUUAUGAGCACUCCAGGACCAGGGACUUAUAAUAUACCUUCUACAAUAGAGUAGCUGAAGUACCUAUAUAUGAAAGAUUGGAGAAAUAAUCAACUAAGGAAGAAUAUCGACUGAUAAUUAUCAAUAAAAAUUUGAUAU